UGUGACAGGAGUGUAUGUGUGUCACUAUAUGCUGGGGUGACAGCCACACAGCCACCCCCUGGAUCUUCACCAAAUUUCAGCAUCCAGCAGGGGCUGCCUAUGCCUGAAAACCUGUGUGUCUGUGAACUGUUCAGAAGACUACUCAGGUCAUUAUGUCCUUCAACAACUCCUCUGCAUGUUACAAUGACACCAACCACAUCAACAUCUUGCCUGUGUGCAUAUACUCCUUCAUUUCCGUAUUGGGCCUCAUCUUAAAUCUCACAGCACUGGUCUUUUUUUUCAGUCAAACCAAAUCCAGGUCACAAACAAUUGUCUACAUGACCAACCUUGCCAUAGCAGAUACACUGCUCAUCCUCACAUUGCCAAUGAGGAUCUACUAUCAUCUGGGUUUUGAUGGUCUUCCUCCGUGGCUGUGCGAUGGCCUUGGGUUGGUCCUGAAGGCCAAUAUGUAUGGGAGCAUCUUCCUCCUCACUUGCAUUUGCUUUGAUCGUUGCAUGGCUCUCUGCUUUCCUAUGUCAUUGCAUGUUCAACAAGGGAGACGGAAAGCGCCCUUGGUUUGUCUCGGAAUAUGGAUUUUCACCUUUGGAACCAGCCUGCCCAUCUACCUGUCUAGGCACACAAGGGUUAACAAUGAGCACUGUUUUGAUAACCUGCCCAUCUAUGCUAUGCAAACUGUGGUGGUUUUACCCACGCUGAUCUUGGGGUUUGGGUUUCCAUUAGUAAUCAUGGUGAUUUGUUCCUGGGGUUUGGUCCGUGCUGUCCAACAAAGCACUGUGGCCCAGACCAAGCUAGUGGACAGCAGAAAAAUCUACAGGAUGAUUGCCACCAGUCUCCUAAUUUUCCUGAUUAGCUUCCUCCCUUACCAUGCAACCCUGGCUCUGCUCUCUCAGUAUAGCAAUAUAUCAUGCCCGAUGCGGAUUGCAUACCGCUACAGCCUGAUGGUGGCAUGUCUCAAUACAGUUCUAGAUCCCAUUGCAUAUUAUUUCACUACCAAUACAUUCAGGAGGAGUGUUGAAAUAAGCACUGUUCAGAGGAUGUUCCCCUUGAGUAGUUAAAGCUCUGAGUCGCUCAGCAGGAACAGAGGUCCUAAAAAUAGGGUAAAGGGCUGUUGCAGAACCAAUCAGAAUUAUCAUCAACCUCAAAGCUGGUAAUAAAAAGGUGAUUAAAAUUCAGGAUAGAGAAGCUAUAGUGACUGUUUUUGUCAUGUAUGAUUGUAGAAUUAUUUGUGUUUGGAGUGUGGAUACCCGACGCGAGGUGUCAGGAUCCGACAAGCCAGGUCGGGCUUUGGAAAUUUUGAAAUCAUAUUUUGGGGGUUGGUCAUGCUUCUUGGGCAGAGUUUUUCCACUGCUCAUGUCUGUAUUCAUGUCAGGGAAACACAAACCUAGUGCAGCUCACAUUAUCUGAUUUUGGGUCUGGGUUAUAAUGGGGUUAUGGUGUUAUUUAAUAUGGCACUAUAGUGACUGAAGACUGAACAAUGUGGUUGAAUGUGUAAACACACUGUUAUUCUUCAUUGAGUUCAUGUUACAAUAUCACACAGAUAUAUUUUUCAUCCAAAUGUUUUUUUUG